AUGAACCACAGAAGCACAGCCGCCCCCAACGGCUCUGCCUCGGGCUGGAGGCGGCUCAGCGUCGGCGUCGUAGGCGGCGGCAUCGGCGGCAUGUCCACGGCCAUCAGCCUGCGUCGUGCGGGCCACGACGUGACGGUUUACGAGAGAAACGACUACGCGGGAGAAGUCGGAGCGAGCGUAUCGUGCGCGGCAAACGGCACCCGCUGGCUGCACGAGUGGAAGGUCGACCUGGCCAAGGGCAACGGCGUCGUGCUCAAGCGCCUCAUCAACCGCGAUUGGAGAACAGGGGAUCCAGUGAGCAUUUACGAGCUGGAUGACUAUGUCGAGAAAUGGCAUUUCCCCUACUACAUGUUCCACAGACAGCACAUGCACAGCAUGCUCAUGCAGUGUGCCUUUGACGAGGAGGGCGAGGGCCCGGUGCCUGUGUUGAAGGUCAAUCAUGCCUGCAUCACCGUCAAUACGGAAACCGGCACCAUCGCCUUCGGCAACGGCACAACCGCCACCCACGACCUCGUCAUCGGCGCCGACGGCAUCGGCUCCGUCGUGCGGCGCGCCAUCGGCCUGAACCCGGAAAAGAGGCCGUCCGACUCGAGCUGCCUGCACGCCAACGUCACCACCGAGGAAGCCAGGGCGCUGGGGCUGGUCGACUACUCGCUCGACAGCGCGCUCGAGUACUGGGGCGGCCAGGAGGGCAAGUGGGACAAGAUCGUGCUGUCUCCUUGCAACGGCGGCAGUCUGCUGUCGUACUACUGCUUCUUUUCGCGGUCGGCCGGCGACUAUGCCUCCCAGAGCUGGGGCGGUCAGGACAGGCCGGUCGAGGAGCUGUUGGCGCCGUAUCCGGAGCUUGAUCCGCAGGUCAAGAGUCAUCUUGCUAUUGGAAGGGACAUUCAACCGUGGAGACUUUGGAUUCAUGAGCCUUACCCCUUCAUCACCGAGAAAAACAAAGGAACGGUCGCCCUUUUAGGGGACGCAGCGCAUCCAGCAAGUCAUUCAUCCUUACCAUGGCGUGAUGUGAUCUUGAGGAAAGAUGACCAGUCUGAACAACCGCUGAUACGUGAGCAGAUGAUGCCGCACCAAAGCCAGGGCGCCUGCAUGGCUAUCGAGGACGCCGCCGCCCUGGGAAUCAUCUUCAGCAGGAAGCACUUCAGGGGAGACCUGCGCGAGUGUUUGGCCGUCUACGAGCAGGUCCGACUCCCGCGAGUCACGCGAGUGCAGGCCGCCGCCGCCAAGGCCGCGUCCAACAUCAACGAAAGGAUUGGAUUCUCGAGCAACACAAACACGGCCACUUACAAGGUCGAGGACGAAAAGAACAAGUUGACUAUUGAGGAGAUGAACGCAUAUGACAUGUACAAGGAUAUCGAGGAAGUGUUUGCCAAGAGAAGGCAGACAGAGUUUGUACCCAGGUUCAUUCGCGGACUGCCUGUGGGCUUGAAGCUUCCAAGUGGCAUCGUCAUUGGAGCCUCCGCCUGA